AUGUAUCAACCACCACUCCCAUUUCCCGGGAGGGUGAGGAAGAGUAUAGACAAGACGCAAUAUGGUAAAUUCCUUGAACUUCUAAAACAAUUGCAUAUUAAUGUACCUUUCCUCGAUGCGUUGGGUCAAAUGUCGCGUUAUGCAAAGUUCUUGAAAGAUUUACUCACCAAUAAGAGAAAGCUAGAAGAGUCAACUACGGUUUUGCUAGGGGAGGGAUGCUCCGCUUACAUGUGCCAUCAACCACAAAAGCUCACGGACCCCGGAAGCUUCACCAUCCCGUGUCAAAUUGGCGAAGCCGAGUUUAAGAGAGCUCUAGCGGACUCCGGGGCAAGUAUCAAUAUAAUGCCUUUUUGUCUCUUUAAGAAAGGGGCAAGUAUCAAUAUAAUGCCUUUUUGUCUCUUUAAGAAAUUAGACUUGGGCAAUCUUAAGCCCACUCGCAUUUGUAUCCAGUUGGCCGAUAGAUCAAUCAAGCCCACUCGCAUUUGUAUCCAGUUGGCCGAUAGAUCAAUCAAGCAACCCAGCAUUUGUAUCCAGUUGGCCGAUAGAUCAAUCAAGCAACCCAAGGGGGUUGUAGAAGAUGUGUUAGUGAGGGUAGACAAGUUUAUUUUUCCCGUGGAAUUUGUCAUUAUUGACAUGGAUGCUGAUCAGGAGGUGCUAUUGAUUCUAGGUAGGCCGUUCUUGGCCACCGCUUGGGCCCUCAUCGAUGUAGGGAACGGGAAACUUGUCCUAAGCGUAGGAGACAAAUGUGCUACCUUCGAUGUGUCGAAGUUGACUAAGUACCCUAUGACCACAGAUGAUGCGUGCUACUUUGUGGAUGUUUUCCAUGAGCACGUUAAUUCUAUUUACCCCAAUCUUGUGGGUAAAUUGAAAGACAACGCCCUCUUGAGAGUCUUGGAUAGUAAUGAUGACCUUGAAUCUUUUACUUUUGAUAAUAAUGCUUCAAUUAAUGAGAAUGAUGAUGCUUUACAUGAGAUAGUGUGUGUUGAGGAGGUGAUGGAUGGAAAUGAAGGGGAUGAAUUGUUGCAUAAUGAGAAAAUAAAUGAGAAAAAGAAUAUAGUAGACGAGAAAGAAGUGAAAAGUGAACUUAAAACCUUACCAGAUAGUCUACAAUAUGCCUUUCUAGGAGAAAAUUCGACUUUAACGGUAGUAAUCUCAUCAAAACUAGAUGAAAAUCAACAAGACAAGCUUGUGAACUUGUUAGGAAAAUAUAAAGGAGCAAUAGGGUGGAAGUUACAAGACUUAAAAGGCAUAAGUCCUAGCAUGUGUACGCAUAAGAUCUUGUAG